AUACUGAUCAAGUUAAAUUUUCUUGCCGAAACUAUCGAAUUUGUGAAAGGACAUGAUUUAUUGAGUGUUAUGUAUUUGGACGAGGCUGCGGAGAUAGAAUCUCGGGUGUGCACGCGUGAUAGAAUAGCACAGUGUAACUUUGAUGUUGGCUAUUCGCUAAAUUUGGUGGGUGGUUUCUUCAACCGUAAACAUCCGCUUAACCGCCUUCAAAUUCUUUUAUCCUGCGUGCGUAACUGUGGAAAGCUCGAAGUGUCGAUUCUGAUCGACUAUGUAUUUAAUAUGAUUCAAACCCUGUCGGUGCACUCAAUGACGA